AUGGACGUGAUCGAAGAGAAGGACGAGUUCGCGUUGGAAGCGGAAGCGCGAAUGAAGGCACCCCUCGAAUGGGACUCAACGGCCAAGUGCAAGAUCCUGGACCUAAAGGAGUCACAGUACGACGAAGCUUUGCAUCUGAUCAAACGUCACUUCUUCCGCGAGGAUCCUAUGUGCAAGUCGUCCUCGUUGCUCCAGGAUCAAACAUCCGUGAACGAUUACCUGCAGCUUAUAAGAACGUGGAUGAAGGACACCACGAGCCUGGUCGCGACCAGUAUUCUAUCUGGUCGCGUGGUUGGAGUCGCUGUCAUGCGAAUCAACAGUGGCCCUGAGAAAACCGACACUUACAACCGUGUGCAGAUCCUGGAAGGCGACACUCUUAAGAAGAUCAUGCAUCUGCAGAACGCGUUACUGAUACAGGCAAACGCUCACGAAGUAUUCGGAUGCGAGGAAUACUUCUGCAUAUACAUUCUCUGCGUGCACCCGUCUUAUCAAGAGAAAGGUGUCGAGUAUGCGCUUCUGAACGCCAGCGUGCAGGUAGCAACGACCUUGAAAAUGAGAGCGAUCGGUGGCAUUUUCACAUGCGGCGUGAGCCAAACAAGAGCUCGCAGCGUGGGAUUUCAGCUUCUCUCGGAAAUCCGUUACAGUUUAUGGACCAUUAACGAUCACACUGUCUUCGACGAUCCAGGAAGAGGCAACUACUCGGCUGCUUUCAUGGGUCAGCUGAUACCGCUGGAAGAGGACGCUCAAGACGAAUAA